GCCAGUCGCCAUCCAGCAACCGUCACAACUACAGUGAUCACACAAAUGGCAGAAAAUUCGAUAGCAAAACUCCUACUGCUGCUGACAGCAACUGCAGCGGCUGCGGGAAAUUCUAGAAGGUUUGCAGAUGGCUGCACGUCUGGGUACCAAUGCCAGGACGGAGAAUGCAUCCCCAGCAGCUGGAGGUGCGAUGGUUAUCCAGACUGCAGCAAUGGGGAAGAUGAAGAUAACUGCCCAAGUACGACAAGUAACACGGCUACUACGACUAGUAAUACGGCUACUACGACAACGGCUACUACAAGCUUGUGUGGCGCGUACAGCUUUGAGUGCUGGAACGGAAUAUGCAUCCCCGGCCCUUGGGAGUGCGAUGGUUAUGAAGACUGCCCCAACGGGGAGGAUGAACGUAAUUGUGGUAGCACUACAACAACUCCGGAUACAACGAUUACAAGCACAACGACUACUAGCACUACGACUAGCUCAACCAGUGCUAGCACACCAACCCCCACCGAAACCACAACGCGACCAACAGGAGUGUGUUCUCUACCAUACGACCGUGUUGGUGAUAAGUGCAUCGUCGUGGAGUUAUUCAAUGAAGGAACCCACGAUGAGAUGCAGUACGAGUGUAGCAGGCUGGGUGGUUCAAUGCUCGAAUUUGGAGACGCCAACGACUUCUGGACGAUACUUCGCUACCUCGAGCAGCAAGGGCUGACGCAACAUGACUAUUGGGUGGGUGCUGAGCUGGAGGCAGGCAGCACGACGGCGCACUGGCUGAACGCCGGCACCCCCGUCCCGUCUGGCACUCCGUUGUGGGCCAUCAACCGCAACUCUAGCAGCCUAGCCUACGAGCAGGAGCCUGCGGUGAGCGGCUCUCUUCGUCGUGUCUAUAUGCGAGCUCAUCGCAAGCUACUGCUCGCCGCUGCGCCUCCUGACCAGCUCAUGAUGGGCACCAUCUGCGAGGCCCCUCUGAAAAUGGCAGGAAGCUCGUUGGUUAAACUGCUGCUACUGCUGACAGCGGCCGCAGCGGCUGCGAGAAAUUCUAGCAGUUUUGCUAGUCCCAAAACUGGGAUUAUUUGCCUGGUAGGGCAAUACGAAUGCGAUGACGGAACGUGUAUCUCCAACGUGUGGGUGUGCGACGGGUGGGAGGACUGCGCUAAUGGAGAGGACGAAGCAAAUUGUGACUGUCCGAAUGGGUUCCAAUGCUCGGACGGAUUCUGCAUCCCCAUCAGAUGGGUGUGCGAUGGUUAUGAUGACUGCAAACCCUUCGGGGAGGAUGAAGCUCAUUGUGAUAGCACUACAACUCCGGAUACAACGAUUACAAGCACAACCACCACUAGCACUACGACUAGCUCAACCAGUGCUAGCACACCAACCCCCACCGAAACCACAACGCGACCAACAGGAGUGUGUUCUCUACCAUACGACCGUGUUGGUGAUAAGUGCAUCGUCGUGGAGUUAUUCAAUGAAGGAACCCACGAUGAGAUGCAGUACGAGUGUAGUAGGCUGGGUGGUUCGAUGCUCGAAUUUGAAGACCCCAACGACUUCUGGACGAUACUUCGCUACCUCGAGCAGCAAGGGCUGACGCAACAUGACUACUGGGUGGGCGCUGAGCUGGAGGCAGGCAGCACCACGGCGCACUGGCUGAACGCCGGCACCCCCGUCCCAUCUGGCACUCCGUUGUGGGCCAUCAACCGCAACUCCAGCAGCCUAGCCUACGAGCCGGUGCGUGUUCAUAGGCAGGAGCCUGCGGUGAGCGGCUCUCUUCGUCGUGUCUACAUGCGAGCUCAUCGCAACCUACUGCUCGCCGCUGCGCCUCCUGACCAGCUUAUGAUGGGCACCAUCUGCGAGGCCCCUCUCAAAAUGGCAGGAAGCUCGUUGGCCAAACUGCUGCUACUGCUGACAGCAGCCGCAGCAGCUGCGAGAAAUUCUAGCAGUUUUACUCAUCCUAAAACUGGGGAUUGCCCGCCAGGAUCCUACCAAUGUCUGAACGGAAAGUGUAUCGUCAACUCGUGGGUGUGUGAUGGGUCGAAGGACUGCAACAGUGGCGAGGACGAAAUAAAUUGCUCGUGCACGUCUGGGUACCUGUGCCAGGAUGGAAUAUGCUUGCCCAACAAUUGGGAGUGUGAUGGCUAUCCGGACUGCACCAAUGGGGAAGACGAAGGAAACUGUGAUGCAUCUACAACCACUCAGUCUACUACGACAAGCACGUGUACGUCUGGGUACCUGUGCCAAGACGGACUAUGCCUCCCCAGCCGCUGGGAGUGCGAUGGUUAUCCAGACUGCACCAACGGGGAGGACGAAGAAAAAUGUUAUACAUCUACAACCACUCCACCCACUACGACAAGCUCGUGCACGUCUGGGUACGCGUGCCCGGACGGACUAUGCCUCCCCAGCCGUUGGGUGUGCGAUGGUUAUGAAGACUGCUCCAAUGGGGAGGACGAAGGAAACUGUGUUGCAUCUACAACCACUCCGUCCACUACGACAAGCUCUUGUACGUCUGGAUACGAGUGUCGCAGCGGACUGUGCAUCCCCAGCAGUUGGAAGUGUGAUGGUUAUGAAGACUGCCCCAGCGGGGAGGACGAACUUAAUUGCGCUACCACUACAACUACAAGCACAACGACUGCUAGCACAACUACUGCAAGCACAACUACUGCGAGCACAACGACUGCAAGUACAACAACUGCAAGCACAACGACUACUAGCAAAACGACUGCUAGCACACCAACCACCACGCAACCAAUAGGAAAAUGUUCUUUGCCUUUCGAUCGUGUUGGUGAAAAGUGCAUCGUCGUGGAGUUAUUCAAUAAAGGUACACACGAUGAGAUGCAAUACGUGUGUAGGCGGCUGGGAAGUUCGAUGCUCGAGUUUGAGGAUGCCAACGAUUUCUGGACAAUACUGCGCUACCUCGAGCAGCAAGGGCUGACUCGACACGACUACUGGGUGGGUGCUGAGCUGGAGGCCGGUAGCACGACGGCGCACUGGCUGAACGCCGGCACCCCCGUCCCGUCCGGCACUCCGCUGUGGGCCAUCAACCUCAACACCACUAGACUUGCCUAUGAGCAGGAGCCUGCGGCGACUGGCUCUCUUCAGCGCGUCUACAUGCGAACUCAUCGCAAACUCCUACUCGCCGCUUCGCCUCCGAACCAGCUCAUUAUCGGCACCAUCUGCGAAACCCCUCUGAGCCAGAUGGCUUAGGGCGACACGCAUGGAUCACCACACCACCUGAUGGCCAGCUCAUUAUCGCCACCAUCUGCGAGACCUCUCUGAGCCAGAUGGCUUAGGAUUGGACCCUACUGGACCAACCGGUAGUGUCCAAGGAAAGGGUGGCUUGAAAGACCGCUUUUCCAUCAAUGUAUUCACUGUCUAAUUUUACCAUGUGGGACUCGCGUUUAUAGCUGGAACCAUCGAAACCAUUUAGCCAACUAGCGUUGUUACUCCAGUAACUAUCUCCCGAGAGAUUACAAUAGACAGCUGAAUUAUGUUCGCAGCUAAAUCUAUCGAACCUCAAUAAAUAUUCCCAAAUACUAGAAACAAAAUUCGAUAUGAAGCUCCAGAUACUCCCAUGCACUAUUAUUUUCUGCACGUACUUCCACCAAUAUUAAUUAA